GGAUAUUUUUCUUGAACUCUGCAUCACUCUUCCCAAGUCAGCGACGAGGGCCAACAAUUGCAGAUAAGGAAGCCGCCCAAACUAAUCUGCCACGUGUCAAACAAGAAAAAAUUUCCCUGAAUUUCUGGGACCAAUUUAAGCCCCUUCCUGACGACUCUCUGCUGAGUGACUCGUAAGCGGAACAGCGAGGGAAGACGAGAGCUGCAGUACCAUACUCUUCCACCUAACCGCUGAGAGAGAGAGAGCGGAGAGAAAGAAUGGCUACAGCUUCACUGUAUUCAUCAACGCUGCAGUCCCAGAUCAAUGGGUUUAGACGUGGUCUUAAGCUUCAGAAGCCAUCUUCCUCUCAUCUCAAUUCACUCACCUUUACAGGGAGAAGCUUCCGAACUGUAGUUAAGGCAUCGGCUCGGGUUGAUAAGUUCUCAAAAGGCGAUAUCAUUGUUUCUCCAUCUAUUCUCUCUGCCAAUUUUGCAAGGUUGGGAGAGCAGGUAAAAGCAGUAGAGUUGGCAGGCUGUGAUUGGAUUCAUGUUGAUGUAAUGGAUGGUCGUUUCGUUCCUAAUAUUACAAUUGGACCUCUUGUGGUGGGUGCCUUGCGACCGGUGACAGAUCUUCCUUUGGAUGUACACUUGAUGGUUGUGGAACCUGAGCAGCGAGUCCCAGAUUUUAUAAAGGCUGGAGCUGACAUAGUUAGUGUUCACUGUGAGCAAUCUUCCACUAUCCAUUUGCAUCGUACAAUUAAUCAAAUAAAAGGUUUGGGAGCUAAAGCUGGAGUUGUUUUAAAUCCUGCUACCCCGCUCAGUGCAAUAGAGUAUGUCCUCGAUGUGGUUGAUCUGGUCUUGAUUAUGUCAGUAAACCCUGGAUUUGGUGGGCAGAGUUUUAUUGAGAGCCAAGUAAAGAAAAUCUCAGAUUUGAGAAGAAUGUGUGCAGAAAAGGGAGUAAACCCAUGGAUUGAAGUGGAUGGUGGAGUUGGUCCAGUAAAUGCUUACAAGGUUAUUGAGGCUGGGGCCAAUGCUUUGGUAGCUGGGUCUGCUGUCUUCGGUGCAAAAGAUUAUGCUGAAGGCAUGAAACCACUGAACCUUCAAAGUUUGACAGGGAAUAUAUUUUCACACAUUUAAAAUAUAUUCUAACUCCAUUUUUAUGUGAAUAAAUGAUGGUCUUGCAGCCAUAAAGGGAAUCAAAGCCAGCAAAAGGCCAGUCGCUGUUGCAGUGUGAACUCGAAAUGAUCUGAUUCAAGUCACUUGCAUCAUUUGCAUUCUUCAUGGAUGUGUAUGUUUUCUUUUCACUUAAUAAAUUUUCCUAUAAUUUUUAAAAUGCAAUUUUCAUAAUGUUUUUGGAUAUAGAAACAAAAUCAGUCAGAUGAACUUUGGAGUGAUCACCAAAAUUAUGAUAGUAAAGAAGAUGUAAAUUUAAUCUUUUCCUCCAGAUCUUGUGAUUGGUCUGCUUCAGUGUAAUUAUGAAAUACAUAAAUAAAAAAAUGUGAAUUUAAUCACUUCUCCCAAAUCUUGUAACUGACCUGCUUCAGAGUGAUUAUGAGAUACAGAUGAAAUAAUUGUCUUUGAUUCUUUUUGCUGAAAGUUUGGUGUGGACAUCAGUGCAUUGCAGGUUCUAUCUGAAAGAAAUACCAUGACAUGGCACAAAUGUUUGAUUAAAAAAACAAGGGGGUGUUAGGACCUUAAUGGCAAAAGGUUUCAGCAGGAUUACACAUGCCAUUUAGAAUGACUCAAUUUUGUUCAAGGUCUUUGAAAUUAAUUGUUCCGUGCUAUGAAUAAAAGUGGAAAGAAGCUGGAAGUUAGGACACAAUGAACUUUUGGUAAUUUUGGAAGCACAAUAGGAUUGCUGCGGCUGAGGAAGCAUCACACAUGAUUAUCUUACUGUUAAUAACUUUUCUUUGUUUAUUUUGAAUAGUCAAUUUCACUUGCAUCAGUGUUAUACAUUUGUGUCAUGCUAUUGCAUUGCAGACAGGGUUUUCCACAAGUUUUUGGAAAUCAUUUGAAAUAAUGUACUUCAUUAUUGUGAGCUAAAGCAUGCACUUGAUACUGCCCCAGCAUGUUUUUACUUAAUAACCUAAGAUGAUUCUCUUUGUAUUGCAGAUAUCAGCCACAAAUAGAAACAAGAGAUUCUUGUUGGCUUCAUGUUGUUGGAUGUAUUGUUUUGUUGUGUUCAAUGUCUCUGGCCUUGUAAAGAAAAAUAACAGGAAAAACAGAGUGCUGGAGUUUGCAGAAUUUGGGCAUAACUUUGCAGGGAAUGAAGUAAUUCAAACUUUGCAGGCUCGGAAUGUAGUUGUAAUAAAUCACAUGUUCAUUAAAAUUCAAUUGAUAUAGUUCUUU